AAGAAGCCAGCUGUCGCGUCUUGUCUUAGGCGAAAACAAUCAAAAAUAUUUUAUUCUCACGUUGUAUCGAUUGAACUUACAAAUAGUGCGAAGAACAAUAUAUCUUGCUGCUAUAAACGUUGUGUUUGUGUACAUUAAUAGAAAAGUGACAAUAGAGUGGUUUUUAACUCGAAAUUAGCAGUUCAGUUAUAAUGUGACGUGACGAAUCGAGUCUAGUGCAAAAACACUUGAAGUAAUCGUGGCAUUUAAUUACAGUCUUGCAGCAAUAUUCUUCUCAGAGGAUAAAGGAUUCGUCUUUAUCGAAGAUCAAGAACACAGCAUAUAGCGGUCGUUUGAAUUAUUGUGCUAUUUUGCAACAGUGAAUUUGUCAUAACCACGAGAAUGGCAUCCAAAGAGGAAGAGAAUCUUCCAGAAAACAAGAAGCUAGCCCGCAAGUCGAAAGAACAAGGAAACGAGGCGUACAAGAAAAAGGAUUUUGAAACCGCGUUGGAUCGCUACCGUGCGGCACUGCAACAUGAUCCUACGGAUAUUACAUUCCACAAUAAUAUUGCGGCAGUGUAUUUCGAACAAAAAGAGUACCAGAAAUGUAUCGCCGAAUGUGAAAAAGCUGUCGAGGUUGGUCGCGAAAAUAGGGCAGAUUAUAAACUAAUAGCGAAGGCCUUCACCCGCAUCGGAAACUCCUAUCGUAAGCUAGAAGAUUACAAAUCUGCGAAAACCUACUUCGAAAAAAGUCUUUCCGAGUACAGAACGCCCGAUGUGAAGGCGUUGUUAAGCGACACCGAAAAGCAAAUCAAGGAACAAGAAAGAUUGGCAUACAUUGACCCAGCCAGGGCUGAGGAAGAGAAGGAGAAGGGUAAUCAAUUCUUCAAACAGGGCGAUUACAGUACAGCGGUUAAACACUACACGGAAGCAAUUCAUCGUAAUCCAGACGAUGCCAAAUUGUACAGCAAUCGAGCGGCGUGUUAUACGAAACUGGCCGCUUUCGACUUGGGCCUUAAAGAUUGUGAAAUGUGCUGCAAACUGGAUGAAACCUUUAUCAAAGGCUGGAUCCGUAAAGGUAAAAUUCUGCAGGUAAUGCAAAACAGUUCGGGAGCGUUGACUGCUUACCAGAAGGCGCUCGAAAUUGAUCCCAACAACGCAGAAGCCCUAGAAGGAUACCGAACUUGCACAAUGGCGGUACAUUCGGAUCCGAAAGAAGUAUGGAAAAAAGCCAUGCACGAUCCCGAAGUGCAACAAAUUUUAAAGGAUCCCGCAAUGCGAGUUAUUCUUGAUCAGAUGCAGAGUGACCCGAAGGCGGUGCAAGAACAUCUCAAGAAUCCUGAAGUGGCAUCCAAAAUUCAAAAACUGCUGGAGUCUGGAAUUAUUCAAAUCUACUAAAACUAUUCUGUCAGCAGCAGCCACCGCCGUGGUAAUCAUGUGGAAUGGUGUGUUUAAUAGGUACGGAGCGGUUAACGGGAAUUCCUGCUGUCAACGCCAGUUUUAUAUAUGCGUACGAGUACGAGCCGUUCUCCCAGUCUACUACUAUUUGUUAACUUUUCAGAAUGCUUUUCAAGUUUACACAAAACGCAUCAGUCGCGGUGUUGUUCCGUUAGGAGAAGAGAAAUGGCUGAACGAAACCCUAAAAUUCAAAACAAACUAUACAAACAAUAUUCUCCAUUCAAUAAGCUUAUUGAUACUAUAAUUGAUUGAAACAUCCAGCAAAGCAAACGCGUACAUUAAAAAGUAGUUAAAUCGUAAUACUAUCACUUGUACCGGAGCGACAGAGUGGAACAGUUCUAAACUAGCCAGUAUAAAUUGAAAGUAAUAAUCGCAAAUAAAGCUAGGGUUUAUUAACAAA